AAAAGAGCUUUUUAAGAGGAGAUAAAUGAGAGGGAAAGAGUAUUACUUUAAUAAGGAAAAAGGAUGUUAAUAAAGAAAUGGAGUAAGAUAAGAGAUAAGGGGACCAAAGUAAUUAUUGAAAGUAAUGAUUUAGUAUAAUAAACAUGUUAGUCUAAAAAGAUAAAAAAGAGUUUAAAAUUGAAGAAUAUGGAGAAAGGUAAACGUAGAUAGAUCGAGAGGAAGCAUAGAAAGAAUAAAUUGUGAUUAAUAAAU